AUGGCUGGAUCAUUAUCUGAUAACCCGAGGGGCAGGCAAGCGGUCGAGAUCUCUUCUGUCUUCACUGGUCUGGCUCUCAUCACCGUCGUCCUUCGACUGUAUACGCGCUUCUUUAUAAUUCGCUGCGUGGGUAUCGAAGAUGCCGGCAUCGCUCUCGCAAUGACAUUCUGGUCCAGUCUCAUCGUAUACUACCUAUCGCUCGGUUUGACCAAAGGAUCAAUGCUCCUCCAAUAUCGACGCAUCUUCCCGACCAAGAAGUUCCAGAUCGCGAACUGGCUCACGAUGGCCGUUGUCGUCGCCUACACCAUCUGGACAGUCUUCUCCAGUAUCUUCACCUGCACUCCCGUACGAGCUUUCUGGACUCACGAGAAGUCUACUUGUCUUAACCAAUUCGCCGUGUGGUUCACGAACGCCGCCAUCAACAUCCUUACCGAUUUCGCGAUCAUCCUUCUUCCUAUUCCGGUCAUUCAGAAGUUAAACCUCGGCAAGAGGCAGAAGAUUGGACUCAUCUCCAUCUUCGCUGUUGGCGGAUUGGGUGGCAGCAAGGCGCUGCGUACCAAGGACGACUACGUUCUAGACGUAACGAAGCGUUCUAAUGGUUCGAGCGAGGACGCGAGAGACAUCCAAGUCGUUACGGACAUUCACGUAGAGGUGGAUGGUGCCGAUGGGAGGAGGCUGAGUGGCUGGAGAACGCCCGCUUCGCAGGCCACCUGGGCGGACGAUAUAUCCCGCAAGGAAACACAAAGGGAGAACAGCACCGAGAUGCUGGUAGACGAGAAUCCGCGUGUGUCGAGGUAG